AUGGAACCAGAGCCGUCCAUUGGCGCUCUCCUCGAGGCUAUCCAAGCCCUCUCCACACAAGUUGGGUCCCUCCAGGACCAAGUCAAGGCCCAAGGCGAGCAAAUCACUCAGCUCACCGCCUUAUGCAAGGAGACCAACGACCUUGUUGGAGACAAGGACCAGGGCAGAGCCCAAACAAAGCCUGGCCCAUCAACUGGGCCUGUCACCCCUCCUACCCACUCAGGAGGGGAAACCCUCACUCCAGGCACGGUUAGGCCUGGACUCAAGGCCCCGUUCUGCCCCUCACGAGGAACAGGAUUUGACUCCGAGGAGGAGGAAGAGCCAAGACGGCCCAAAAAAGAGCCUCAGGGAACGCCUAGGCGGUCACUCAGCUCCCUUACCCCCUUCGACGCAGGGUCCAGCGUGAAAAGGCCCAAGAUGGACCUUCCCAACCCCUAUAAGGGAGACACCAGGGGACGCAAAGCCACACAAUGGCUAGACCGCAUGCUGCUCUGGGUAGCCCUACACAGGGACCAAUUUGACGAGGAAGAGCAAAUGGUUGUGUGGAUACUCUACCACAUGACAGAUAAGGCAGCUGAUUGGGCACUCCCUGUCAUAGGAGCCAUCAUCAAGGGCAAGGGCAACCCGCCGACCACUAUCUUGGCCUUAACGGCCAAAUUCAAGGAAGCAUUUGCAGACCCUGAUGCCAAGAGGGCGGCUGCCAGAAAGAUUGCUGCGCUAACUCAGACCACAACCACGGCUGAGUAUGUCACCGAAUUCCGCAAUCUCAUGGCGGAACUAGAUUGGAAUGAGGAGGCGUACAUCGCCCAAUUCACGCGCGGCCUUCACUGGAAGGUCAAGGAACUCCUAUUGACCAAAGACAGUGUCCCCGACGAAUUGGAGGCUAUCUUUGCCGCCUCCAUCAAGAUUGACAACAUUCGUCGGGAGAACGAGGAGAACCGCCUGAAGAAGGCACCCGCCAAGUCCCCGGCCACCGUGGCCACUACUUCCACCACUACCACCCAACAGGUCCGCCUCUCAGAGGACCCCAACUACGUAACCCCGGAGGAAAGGGACCGCCGCCGCGCAUCUGGGCUGUGCGUCAAAUGUGGGCAAAAGGGCCAUGGAAUCAAGCAGUGUCCCAAUGGCUGGAAAGCCACAGUCAAAGAAGUGGCCAAGGUUGCCAAGGACAAGUCGGGAAAAGAUUAA